AUGGUAGAUUUGCAAACUGUGAACAUCACUUUGCGUAUCUUGUUCCGACCUGAACCGGCUUUGCUGCCAAAAAUCUACCAGAAUUUGGGUUUUGACUACGAAGAGCGUGUGCUUCCCUCCAUCACUACCGAGGUGCUCAAGGCGGUUGUUGCCCAGUUUGAUGCAAGUGAAUUGAUCACUCAGCGAGAACUUGUCAGUCAACGAGUGAACGAGGAUUUAACCGAACGCGCCUCAUCAUUCGGAAUCCUUUUGGAUGACAUUGCUCUGACCCAAAUCUCAUUUGGACGUGAGUUCUCCGAGGCGGUCGAGGCUAAACAGGUGGCGCAACAGGAAGCCGAGCGUGCCCGCUAUCUAGUAGAGAAGGCUGAGCAACAGAAACUUGCCGCUGUUAUUACCGCUGAAGGCGACUCGGAGGCGGCGGUUUUAGAAGGCUGA